UAGCAAUCCAUAGCUCGGCGAGCCCUCUUCUUUCUCCUCGUUUGGUCUCUAUCGCUGGCUCUCUAAUUGCGAAGAAGCCCUCCUCGUCAUGGCCAUGGCUACGUCCUCUGCCUUCUCCAUGGCAGCUUUGAAUUCUGUUCUGCCCUCUGGUUUUGCCCCUCAGACCAGGCACCCCGUUGCCUGUGCGCGCUUGGCAACCGGCGUGAGCGUGAAGCGGAGUGCUGCCGUGGUCGUGAAGCCGAUCUCGGCUUCUAAAGCUGUUGUGUUCCAGGCGUUCGAUGGCCUCAGGAAUGAGAAUGCGCUGCAAUUGCGUACUGGAGCCACUUUUGGGGUGAUGGGUUUAGGAAUCAGCAAUGGUGCGAAGUGGUUUGCCAUGAGACACGGCCGCAAAAUUCACCGCCUCGGAAGGCCUGCCGAUCAGCGUCGCGCUCUUCUCAGGGGCCUUACCACCGAGAUUCUCCGCCACGGUAGGAUUAAAACCACCCGCGCCCGUGCCACCGCCAUGCGCAAGUAUGUCGACCACAUGAUUACUCUUGCAAAGGGAGGCUCCCUUCACCAGAGAAGACAGGCCUUGGGCUUUCUCUAUGACAAGCAGUUGGUGCAUUCGUUGUUUGCUGAGGUGCCUGAAAGGUAUGGUGAGAGGAAUGGUGGAUACACAAGGAUUAUCCGGACAAUGCCACGAAAGGGUGACAAUGCUCCCAUGGCAUUCAUUGAGCUUGUAUAGGGUUAUCUGCUUUCAGCAUGGAGCGAACCGUUACUAGUUUCUUGAAACCAUUACCGAUACCAUUGCGGCCAAUGGACCAUGCGUAUUUCUGUAGGCUUGAUUAUGCUUACCGAGGCUCCCCCUCCAGCGGCACAUCACUUCGUACUUUCCGCCUGUUGUAGUUUCGAUUUCAUGGUCGAAUUACCUACACUAAAUAUAUAAUCAAACCAGAGAAAAACGUUGGAGGUACACUGAAGAGGCUGUGUGAAAUCUAACGUGCUUGGGGGAUGCUUCCACUGUCAUCUCUCGAUGAAAGUUCAAUAGUCAUGUUCCUCAAGAGACAAGACCAAAAACCUGUCCGAAGAGUGUUUCAGACUGAAUGUGGCUAAUUCGUCCGAUUUAUUCCCAACUGUGACUUGUGCGGUGAUUCGCAAAACCAAGUCACUGCUGCUUCGUUAUACUUUUCUCAGGCAAUGUCAUGACACUUAGUGAGUAAAUUCGUGAGCUGUGAAACUCUUUAAAGAGAAAGUGUUCAUCACUAAUGCACACAACUCUUACAGUCC